AUGUCGUUCCAGCAGCUGCUCAAGCGCUCGCGUUUCGCGGUCCACGACCCCUUAGUCACCCGCGUGUAUGCGAGCAACACUUCUUCCCAACGCCACGGCGGCGACUUUGGUCUCAAGUCGCCUGUCAACCGUCCCCGUAUGUCGCGCUACAUCCGUCUCGGCAAGGCCAUCUCGGGCUGGCGUUCUGGCGAGGAGGAAGCGCGGUUCAUGGCCCAGUGGGCAGACGGUAGCAUUCCAUGGGCGUCCAAGGCCGACCGGCGACUCAAGCCCGCCUCCAUUCUUUCCCCCUAUACCGAGAGCACUCCCGAGCCAGAGGCGGUCGUUUCGGUCCUGCCAAACGUGGACGCGAUGAACGACGCCGAAUUCCAGUCGUACUUGCAGGACAUUCGGGCGCGCCGUUCCGAGUUGAGGGAAACGGUGUUUUCCGAGAUGGACGUGGCGGCCGACGAGGCUACUCUUCCCCACGCGGCGGCUAAGGGGAUUGCGCGUGACUCGGCGGCUGCAGACUUCCAAGUCGAGCAGACGCAGAAGGACCUCAAGAGGUCGACCAAGACAAUCCAGCCUAGACCCCACCGCCUGCAUGGUCUGCAGUACUCUUCCGCUCCGGCCGCCGGGGCUGCCUUGCACGGCCGCGCUAUUCCGGGCCGCGCGCUUGACCGCGUCAAUGUCUACGGACAGCGGUCUUCCUUCCGUGCCCUGGAGGGCACUAACGCCGAGUGGGUUGUCGGCCUUGGCGGCCUCACUGCAACUGGCGGAAGUGGCGUCUCGCGCGUGACCGACAAAGCCAGCCUCUCGCAGUUUGACUACUCGCGCGAGCGGCCCGAGCGCGGCAUCGCAAAGUUCUCCGUCACCGAGGCGACCGUCGAGGCGCCGCCCAAGGUCCUCGCCCUCGGCGUGGCCGGUAAGCGGUGGCUUGAGCAGCCGCACUUUUCGGGCGCGCGUCGUCCGGCCCCGCUCCAGACAUUCCGGUUCGACCUGCGGGUUAACGAGGAUGCUGGCGCAACUGAUGCUUCGGGAGAGCGUAUCCUCCCAGGAUCGGCCGAGUGGGUUGCGCGCGAGCCGUCGCGUGGUCUUACCGAGGCUGAGGGGGCUAUGGGCUUGCUUGGGGGGCCGCGAGCUAAGCGGCCGUCGCUGGCUUCGCACCGUACCUCGACGCGCGCGCAGAGCGAUACCAUCGACUCGUUGCUUGCACGUAUCGCUGGCUCGGCUGGCGGGAGGUAG